AUGUAUCCUCCUGCUGGAGCUGUCCUGGAUGCACUGGAGAUUGCCAUUGAAGGGGAGAAUGCUGUUGAAGGGGAGGAUGCCGUCAUCUGGGUGAGUAGCAGUGAUGAUAGCAGCAGCAGCAGUGAUGAACCAGGACUGGAGCCUUUUGUCGAAGCUCUCCAGGCUCUGCUGGAAUAUGGCUCAGACGACGAUGGCGACAGCGCUUAA